UAAACCGGAAGCUAUGUCGUCUAAUGCCUCGUUUUAACAGUAAACUGGAAAAAAAUCGUCUGCCAGCAAUCCAGGGAUAUGAGUUCGUGAUACAAUUGUUCUCAAAGUGUGGUCCGUGGACCACUUGUGGGCCGCACGCAUAAGUUAGGUGGUCAGUGGCUGACAGUCCUCAUAUGUCAGCAAAGUGAAUUAGUCCAGUAUUAAUUUCACACGAGUUUUAAUUUUAUUGAUGCUCGUUCGCAUAAACCCCUCGCUUACCAGCUAAGUCGAUCUUUAUAUCACAGCGCGAGCGUUGUCAUUUAACCGUGUCAUCCGUUACCCUUAGUAACGCAGUGCACUUCCUUAUUUUUAAUUUUGUGUGAACUUUGAGAAGCAUGUAAUUUUAUGAAAACUUACUACUGUCACAAAAGUGCAUUUAGUUUUGAAUUGUAAUGAAACAAAUGCGGCAAUUUAAAUUUGAAAUUCACAUUACAGUGAUGUUACGCCUUGGUGAUCCGCCAUAAUUUUUGCUUUAGUGAAGCGGUCCGCGGUCGGAAAUACUUUCAGAACCACUGAUCUAUGCGAUAACCCGGUCGCGAAACGUGUGGACUUUAAUGGACACGUGUCUUUGGUUGAUGUAUGUCGCGCGUGCAUAUUACACAGUUUUGGAAAAAUCACACAUUAUACAGCCGUGUUUAUUUUAAUAGGCUGUAUAAGAAGCUAGUUAAACAUACCCAAGGCAAAUCCUUCGCUCACUCAGUUCGCCGCCAUUUUUUCCCAGAAACCUUCAGACGUUACUUGGAGUAGCGCCCCUUGAAUAACUGCGCUUAUGCUGUUGGACAAGUUUGAAAGAAAAAAAAACCAACCAACCCGCGACAUAUCAUUAUUUUUAAGAAGUGAUUUAACGAAUGAGGUAAUGCAUGUCAUGGGUCAUUUAUUUUUGUAGUUCAAAAGCGCACGAAUGGAAGCCUAACGACCAAGAUAGUCGUACUUGAAAAAGUCCUGGACUGUGUUUGAUUUAGCACUCCAUUAGACUACAUGAAAUUAUGUCGUUUCAACCAGCUUCUCGAAUUUUCAUAAAUUCUUAUCGAAGGCCCCUUCUUUACGGAGACAGUUUAUUAGACGAGGAGUACUGGCCAUUGUCGUGGAGGCUGGGUUUGGUUAGCUCCCGACUGAAUGAUCCAUCAGAGAGCCAAGGGGAAGACAACAGUAACGACUUCAUCCUUACCGUGAAUACCCAGCAUUUCAGACCCGAUGAGGUCAACAUAAAGAUCAAAGACAAGUGGAUUGUAAUCCAUGCUAAGCAUGAAGAGCGCCAAGAUGAGCAUGGCUUUAUCGCGCGCGAGUUCACACGACGGAUUGCUUUGCCUGACGAUGUCGAUCAAUUCACCAUAACCUCAUCCAUGAGUCCCGAUGGCGUGCUUAUUAUGAAGGCACCCAGGAAACCACCACCCAGACCCACAGAGGUUGUGAUUCCCAUCAUCCACGAAUGAUCGCAAUAUCUUUGGUAAUGUAAAGGAAUAUAGUUUCACAUUUUUUUAAACCAGAUCUCUGUAAAAAGCCUCGCAUUUACAAGAUAACGCGAGAAAAGUGCUCCAUUCUGUUUUGUGAUCGUUCCAUCUCAAUUUCGAUUUAGUUCAUAGAAUGGGUUGCAAUGCAGCUAUGUGCAGAUUCAACCUGGCAGUUACAUUUUUUCCUGAGUGGAAAGAGCAGAGAUUGCUUGUUAGUUGUUUGUGGGUAACAGCUUAGUGUGCUCAACUUUGGAGCAGACGGUUGACGAUUCAAACAUCGAAAAAGAAAAAUCCAACCAAACAAACCAGUAGUAAAAUCAGCAGGAGAGGGCUGGAUUUGACCUUUAACAGGCGCCUUAAAUUCGGUGACCCACAGUUGGCUGUCGUGCUGCCACUUUUGUCAUUGUGCUAUAGAAUCUCUUUACAAUGGUAUUACCGAUAUUUAUAGACCGGUGCCUGUAAUAUUCAGUGGAUAUCGGUUGGAAAGGAGUGAGCUGGCCUUAGCCACUAAACAUCGUACAUUCGCUUUUCAUGGUAGUUCAUUAUAUGUAACUGAUAUACUUUGAAUAAAGUUUGGAAAAU